AUGAGGGGCAAUAAAAGGACAACAAAAGAAAAAUCCAGUGAUUUGAAAUUCCAGAACUCCACUCUGCUGAAAAACAGGUCAUGGCCUCACCUCCACAGGACCACAGCCCAGGACCAGGCUAUCCGCCAGCCUCUUCCGCGCAGGGAAAGGAAACUCGCUGCAGCCCCGGAUGUGACAGAAUACCACAGCGAGGAUGAGUAUGAGGACCCCGAGCUCCAGAUGGUGGACGUGUGGCCAUCGUUGAAAAUUCUGCCCGCCAGGCCUAUCAAGGAGUCCGAGUACGCAGAUAAGCGCUGCUUCAAGCGUGUGAUGGACACUUCUCCUCCGCUUCACUCCAAGGCCUCUUUGCCCUCUCUGGGGCCAUCCUGGAACAUGUGGACGAGGCUGGAAGAAGUAGACAGAGCCGUUUCCAAGGACAUGAGAAGACUCCACACCAGAGAGAACAGAUCCAUAAAGGGAAACAUGACUCCUUUGCCGCCUCCUCGGCCUCCCACCACUCUCCCGAAGCAGCACCAGCCUCUGCCCCCGGCACCAGAGAGCAGUGCACCUCUCCCUCAGAGACACACCUCUCCAGAAGCCCAGGGAGGGCCCAGACAGAUAAGCUUAAAGGACUUACGUGGGGUCCUUGAAGCAGAAGAAGUUUCCCAUGACAAGAUGAGGCCAGCAUCAUCCCAGCCAUCGCAAAGCCGAAUCACGCGGAAGAUUCCUCUUGCCCUGACCAGCUCUUCAUUUGUGCGAAGCCACGACAAUCUGCAAGACAGAGAUGGUGAGGGCAGCAUGCAGGCCUGCUCUGCCCAGAGGUGCCAGUCCCCUGCCAGCCACGGCCCUCCUGGAAACACACUGCCCCAUCCAGACACAAGCUGGAGAGAACCUUUUCCAGCCCCAUCUGAUGAAAAGGAAGUCCGGCACUACGAGUGGUACGUUGGACGGUACAGUCGCCAGGCCGUAGAAGAGGCGUUAAUGAAGGAGAACAAGGAUGGUACUUUCUUGGUCCGAGACCAUUCCACAAAAUCCAAGGCAGAGCCCUAUGUUCUGGUGGUGUUUUAUGGGAACAAAGUCUACAAUGUGAAAAUCCGCUUCCUGGAGAAGAGUCAGCAGUUCGCACUGGGGACCGGGCUCCGAGGAGAUGAGAAGUUCGAUUCCGUGGAAGACAUCAUUGAAUACUACCAGUAUUUUCCUAUUACACUCAUCGAUGGCAAAGAUAAAACCGGAGUCCACAGGGAGCAAUGCUACCUCACCCAGCCACUAACCCUCCCUGGACACUUCCCGCCUGGCUAGCCUGGUCCUUGCUUCUUUCUUGUUCAUUGAAGUCAAUGUGUGUGUGUCGUUUUGCAUUUAUCUCAAAAGAUUAUUUUUUUGUGUAUUUAGAGAUGACUUUUUUGACUUUGUAAAAAAAAAAAAAAGUAAAUGUUCUGUGAUGGAUGGAAAUUGGAAAGAUCAAACAUGAUUUUGAAAGUUGAAACAGAAAUAUGUAUAACAUGCAAGGAUAAAAACCAGGCUCUUACAAGUAUUUUCUAAACAACAAUAAAAAACUAUCAACAGGGUAUUAUGCUCAUGUUGCAGCAAAGGCUGCAAGAAGGUAUUCCUUAAAGACUUGCAGUUGGCCGGAGCAUGACUAGAUGAAAUGAGGUUCCCAAACCUGCCUCUCCACAAGGCGCUGAGCUGGCUUUUGUCUCAGAAUUGCUUGGGGUUUGCACAUUUACAAUGUUUGGACAAUUCUUUAUGCUAAAAACGUUGGGGAAUGUGAGUUCUACUUUAUUAUUAAUCCAGAAAUUCUUUUAUAGGGAUAAAAUGUGCUAUGAGAAACAAGAGCACUUAUGAUUAUCAGCUGAAGGACAGAAACUGCAAACAUUUUGACUAUGGUGUGAAAUGUCCACAGGGCCAGUGCCUAGCAGGCCCUGUUUACCGUAACUCUGAGACAAACAGAACUAGUAAAUUCAUAGUAAGGAGUUCAGACCACAUCCCAUUCCAACCUUAAGGUGAGCAUAUAUCUGAGUAAAAAAAAAAAAAAAGAAAGUUUUUAAACAAAUCCAAUAAUGGUUCAAAGAUACG